AUGGCUAGUGGAAAGCUUUUACCAGAUUCCGUGCCCUUGCAUAGACAUUCAAACAAAUAUUUCCACGAUUUACAUCCGAUAGACUCGUCUCUCCUGUAUUCUACAUGCGAGAAACAGUUCAAAGAGACAAUAGAUCAAAUUAUUACAAUGAGUAAUUUUUUAGAAUUCGAAACCCUUUCCAAUUUAAUUAAUCAAUUAAAUGAUUGUUAUCAGGUUCUAAUGGAUUCACAAUUUCAAGCUAAGGCUCAGAAUUUAUCACUAUCAGAAUCAAAACAAAAAUAUAAGAUAGCUAAUGAGAAUUGCGAGGAAGUUAACUUAAAGACAUGGUCAGAGUAUGCUUCAAACAAGCUAUCAGCUCCGAAGUUAUCUGAAACGUAUAAAGAGUGUUUACAAGAAUCAAACAACGCUACAACUUCCAGAGCUCCUACAACCUCUACAAGCAAGAUAUUGAAGAUACUCCCGUACAUAUUGAAAGACCCAACGUGUAUCAUUCCAGAUGAAAAUGAAGAUGAAGACGAUCUAAUAAUAAAUGGAGGACAAAUCGAAUUGAUCUGUCCGAUUACUUGUAAGCCUUUUGAAAGACCCAUGAUUUCAACGAAAUGUGGCCAUGUUUUCGAUAAAAUAGGUAUUGAAAACUAUCUGAAGGGCACCCGUGACGGUAAGAGAGAAUGCCCACAAGCUGGUUGCAGUCACACCCUUAAGAUGAGCGAUUUCAAAGAUGAUGAAAUUAUGAAUUUACGUUGCAAAAUCUCACAAAUGAUCGAACUGCGUGACAAAGAAACGGACAUCUCUGCUGAAAAUGUACUGGACGUACUAUAA